AUGGCGACCAGGAAGGCGGGCUCGCGGCUGGAGACGGAGAUCGAGCGCUGCCGCACCGAGUGCCAGUGGGAGCGGAUCCCCGAGCUCGUCAAGCAGCUGUCGGCCAAGCUCAUCGCCAACGAUGAUAUGGCUGAACUUCUCCUAGGGGAGUCGAAGCUCGAGCAGCACUUGAAGGAGAAGCCCCUGCGGCAGGGAGCCAGUCCCCGAGGCCCCAGACCCCAGCUCACUGAAGUGCGCAAGCAUCUGACUGCCGCCCUGGACCGAGGGAACCUCAAGUCAGAAUUCCUACAAGAAUCCAAUCUGAUCAUGGCCAAGUUGAAUUAUGUGGAAGGAGAUUAUAAAGAAGCCCUGAACAUCUAUGCCCGGGUGGGCCUUGAUGACUUGCCGCUGACAGCUGUACCUCCUUACAGGUUGCGGAUGAUCGCUGAAGCUUAUGCUACCAAAGGACUUUGUUUAGAGAAGCUGCCUGUGUCAUCCUCAACCAGUAAUCUCCAUGUGGACCGGGAGCAGGAUGUCAUCACCUGCUACGAGAAAGCCGGGGACAUCGCACUCUUGUACCUCCAGGAGAUCGAAAGGGUAAUACUUACUAAUAUUCAGAACAGAAGCCCUAAGCCUGGCCCUGCUCCCCACGAUCAAGAACUAGGUUUUUUCCUAGAAACAGGACUUCAGAGAGCCCAUGUCCUCUAUUUCAAAAAUGGGAACUUGACGAGAGGAGUCGGGAGAUUUAGGGAGCUUCUCAGAGCGGUGGAGACGAGAACAACCCAGAACCUGCGAAUGACAAUAGCCAGGCAGUUGGCAGAAAUCUUGUUACGGGGCAUGUGUGAGCAGAGCUACUGGAACCCCCUGGAGGAUCCUCCCUGCCAGUCACCUCUGGAUGACCCUCUCCGGAAAGGAGCAAACACCAAAACCUACACACUCCCUCGCAGAGCUCGCGUCUACUCAGGAGAGAACAUUUUUUGUCCUCAAGAAAAUACUGAAGAGGCGCUGCUGUUACUGCUCAUUAGUGAAUCUAUGGCCAACCGAGAUGCUGUGCUGAGCAGGAUUCCUGAGCACAAGAGCGACCGCCUCAUCAGCCUGCAAAGUGCGUCUGUGGUCUAUGAUUUACUGACCAUUGCUCUAGGAAGAAGAGGCCAGUAUGAGAUGCUGUCAGAGUGCUUAGAAAGAGCCAUGAAGUUUGCCUUUGAGGAGUUCCACCUCUGGUACCAGUUUGCUCUGUCUCUGAUGGCUGCUGGAAAGUCCGCCCGGGCCGUGAAGGUGCUGAAGGAAUGCAUCCGGCUGAAGCCCGACGAUGCCACCAUCCCACUCCUGGCAGCCAAGCUCUGUGUGGGUUCCCUUCACUGGUUGGAAGAGGCUGAGAAAUUUGCCAAAACUGUCGUUGAUAUAGGAGAUAAAACAUCGGAAUUCAAGGCCAAAGGCUACCUAGCUCUGGGGCUCACGUAUAGUCUGCAAGCCACUGAUGCUUCCUUGCGAGGGAUGCAGGAGGUCCUGCAAAGGAAGGCGCUGCUUGCGUUUCAGAGGGCCCACAGCCUGUCACCUACAGACCACCAAGCAGCUUUCUACCUGGCCCUGCAGCUCGCCAUCUCCAGACAGAUACCAGAAGCUCUCGGGUAUGUCCGUCAAGCUCUUCAACUCCAAGGUGAUGAUGCCAACUCCCUGCACCUCCUUGCUCUCCUGUUGUCAGCCCAGAAACACUACCACGACGCUCUCAACAUCAUUGACAUGGCCCUGAGCGAAUACCCAGAAAAUUUUAUACUACUGUUUUCCAAAGUGAAGUUGGAGUCACUCUGCCGGGGCCCAGAUGAGGCGCUGCUCACCUGUAAGCACAUGUUACAGAUAUGGAAAUCCUGCUACAACCUCACCAAUCCCAGUGACUCUGGACGUGGGAGCAGCCUCUUAGAUAGAACCAUCGCUGACAGACGACAGCUUAAUACAAUCACAUUGCCAGACUUCAGCGAUCCCGAGACAGGCUCUGUCCACGCCACAUCCGUAGCAGCAUCAAGAGUGGAGCAAGCACUGUCAGAAGUGGCCUCAUCUCUGCAGAGCAGUGCCCCCAAGCAGGGCCCGCUGCAUCCCUGGAUGACGCUGGCACAGAUCUGGCUCCAUGCAGCUGAAGUCUACAUUGGCAUUGGAAAGCCUGCUGAAGCCACAGCCUGUACCCAAGAAGCUGCCAACCUCUUCCCAAUGUCCCACAAUGUGCUAUACAUGCGGGGCCAGGUUGCGGAGCUUCGAGGAAACUUCGAUGAGGCCCGGCGGUGGUAUGAAGAAGCCUUAUCCAUCAGCCCCACCCAUGUGAAGAGCAUGCAGCGACUGGCCCUGGUCCUUCACCAGCUGGGCCGCUACAGUCUAGCUGAGAAGAUCCUCCGGGAUGCAGUGCAGGUGAACUCGACAGCCCAUGAAGUCUGGAACGGGCUGGGCGAGGUCCUCCAAGCUCAGGGCAACGACGCAGCAGCCACCGAGUGCUUCCUGACGGCCUUGGAGCUGGAGGCCAGCAGCCCUGCUGUCCCCUUCACUGUCAUCCCUCGAGUGCUCUGAAGGGCCACCCACCUCACCUGCCACACGGGCCCAGGAUGCCCCGCCACCCAGUGGGCGGAUCUGCAGUAUCGAGGCCCUGGAUGGAUGUUUGACCACAGCGGAACCACGCCAACCCUGAAUCAUCGCUCUCCCCUCUUGCAUUCAUUCAUUCUUGUCGUUUUUGCCAGAUCCAUGAUCAUUUUCUGAAUCUACCGAUGUCAUUCAAAAUGGAUUAUGUGCCAUAUUCAGUUAGUUGUCACCUGAGUUUUAAGUAAGAUGAUUAUGGACUUAAUCAGCGAAUGUAGAAUAUAUUCCAGGUUAAAAUUCCGUGGCAGAAGGGAUUAUUUUUAUCAGUGCUGUAAUGAAAGCAACUGUCCUGUCCUCUGUCCCCUCCAUCACCUCUCCUGCCCCUCCCUUGGCCCAACACCAAAUGUGAAUUUUCUGGUUCCCACCUCAGUACUCGUCCAUGCCAGGACACCAGCUGACGACUUCUCGGUCUGUCGUCCACAGUUGUACCAUGUGGUGAAUUACUGUUCUCCUACUGUUCUCCUAGAGCAAAGCCUGAGUCUAAGAAUAUUUAUAUUUUACCAAUAUAUGGCUGUUACAAGAGAAGGAAAUAUGAGUUAUUUAAGUUUAACUUUUUUAUGUGAAUUCAGAGUUUAUUUAUCGAUGGAAAUAUGUACAAAGAAGCUUCAAAUGGAAUAUUUACCGACAUUCCUUAUACAUGACAGACACUUGGCUAAACAGGAAGAUGAUGUUAAUAAAAAAAUGAUUUUUAAAUGGACCCCUG